AGAGCAUCGGUUUCGUGCACAAUGGGGACGCCGUUAAGGAAUAUAGCAGCAAAAUUUUUUUCCCCAAAAGUUUUGAGUCCGCGGGGAUCGGGAAGCCUGAGGCAAUCCACCGCGAAUGAGGUAACAGGGGUCGUCAGGAAGCUACAUUUUUCGGAAAAGAGCCGCGACGGCAACACAAAAAGCCCGUUAAUACCACAAAUCACCAUAGAUGGUGCGGAUUAUAACUCAAAAAGUGUCGAAUUAAAUACACCCAAUAAAUCAAACUUGCUGACCACCGGACUCGAUCAUUUUAGGAAUGCCGCCAUUCUAGGACGCGGACAGUACGGUACGGUAUUCAAAGGAGAGCACAAGGGCAAAAUGGUGGCGGUGAAACUGAUAAGGUUUUCAAACAACAUAGGGGACGAAAACGCAGUGAAACUGGACCACGAAAACGUAGUUCGAAUUCUGGAUAUCGUCAAAAGUCCAGGCCAAAAUUUUUGUCUAGUCAUCAUGGACUUUAUCGCAAAGGGCAGAGAUUUGCAGCACGUGUUGGAAGAGGGGGAAGAUGUGGACUCGGGGGUAACGAAAAAAUUCGUGGUUGGUAUAACGUCGGGCGUGAAAUACUGCCACGAAAACGGAGUUUUGCAUUUGGAUUUAAAACCGAAAAAUAUCCUGGUCGACGCGCGAAACGUAUGUAAAAUUUGCGAUUUCGGCAACUCGGUCAAAAUCGGAGAAACUUUGGAAAGAUUCAACCAUAAGGGCACUAUUGUUUAUACGGCGCCGGAAAUUUUACUUGGCAGAUUACCAUCGACGAAGAGCGAUGUCUACUCACUCGGGUUGAUUCUGUGGCAGAUAAAGUACCGCAAAAAUCCGUUCGACGGAGUAGACAAUAACCAAACGAUAAUUUAUAACGUCGUCAAGAGCCUUAUGAAGCCCUUCGAAAAUGCGAAAUGCGCCGACGUAGUGUCGGAUAUCUUGAUGAAAUGUUGGAACACCGAUCCCAACGAUCGACCCACCACUGUCGAAAUUUUGAAUUACCUGGAAAAAUUUUGACUUUAAUGGUGUUCCAUGUUUUUUUAUUAUUUCGAUUGUUGUUUGUUUUUAUUUUGUUAUUUUUUCA